AAAGCUACAACAAUGGAAAUCUAACAUCAGAGUAAAAAAAACCGCAGCCAUUUCAGCGUCAUACAAAAUGCAUUCCCGUCUGGUGUGGAUCCUCAUCCCAUUCCUGUGCAUUGUAAGCAGUGAACGUCUAGGAUAUAACUACGACCGUCCAAAUUUCGGUAAUAACGCCGGAUUCGCUUCUUCACUGAGCCAUGGCAAUUUAGGACAAUCAAUAGGUAUCGGAAGUCAUGCCGGAUUAGCUCCAUCACUUAACCUUGGAAGUUCAAGUUAUUCAGGUAGUUUCGGAAAUAAUGCCGGGAUCGCCCCAUCUUUGAACCUCGGAAGCUCGGGGCAUUCAGCUGGUAUCGCAAACAGUGCUGGAUUAGCCCCAUCACUGAGCUUCGGAAGCGCCAGUCAUUCAGCUGGUUUCGGAAGCAGUGCUGGAAUCGCUCCAUCUCUAACUAUCGGAAACUCAGGACAUUCAGCUGGCAUUGCAAAUCAUGCUGCCCUGGGUGGCUCAGGGAAUUUAGCUGCUUUCGGGAAUAGUGCUGGUUUAGCCCCUUCAUUGAACCUUGGAAAUUCAGGAAAUUUAGCUGGACUGGCUUCACCGGCGUUACAUUUUGGAGCUAACCAUGGAUUAUUAAGUGCACCUGGAAUCGCUGGAAUAGCUCCUCAACCAACUUAUCCAGGCCCAUCUGCUUUUGCUUCUCAACUUUCAACUCAAUCAUUUAGAUUGGCAGCGCCCCAAAGUCAUCUUGGAAUCCAUGGUGCUAAUUCAUUUGCACCAGGAGGUGGUUUAGGAUUCAAUCCAGGAAACUUAGGGGCAGCAUUUGCCGGCAACCUGGGAGCGCAACUUACUGGUGGAGGAAUCCUAUCGGGUCAGGCUUCCAUCGGAGAUGGAAUCUCGCAAGUCGCUGAAGCACCCAUCGUGAACACACACUUCUAUUUGCAUUCAGCUCCUGAAGACCAUAGUGAAAUAACAAAAACAAAACGUAUAAAAAUUGGUCGCCCUCAAAAGAAUUAUCGCGUUGUCUUCAUUAAAGCACCUUCAAGCAGUGCGUCCAACGCUCAAAUAGCUGUCGAUGUUGCACCACAGGAAGAAAAGACUGUCAUUUACGUUCUGAGUCAAAAACAACAUGAAAUUAAUGUUAACAGUGUUGUUGAUGCAGCUCCGUCGACACCAAGCAAACCCGAGGUAUUCUUCAUAAAGUACAAAACUCCAGAAGAGGCAUUACAUGCCCAACAAAAAAUUCAAGCACAAUACGCGUCAUUAGGCGGAACUAGCCAAGUAUCUGAUGAAGGUGUGGCGCCUCUUACCUCAAUAAUCGGAUCUCUGGGACAAGGAUCUUCAUCAGAUGGCUCUGCAUUUUCAUCAUUUUCCGCACAAGGAGCAGCUGAUCUGUCCGGUAUUCCAACCCAACAAUCUUUCACGUCUGGCCUCCAAUCACUAGGACCUCUGUCUUUCGGAGGCCCAUCUGGUUUAUCAAGUAUUUCCGCCCAUCAAUCUUUCACACCAAGCCUCCAAAUCUCCGGGCAGCAAUCUUUCGGAGCCGCAACAGGUAUUCCACAUUUCGAGCAUGCUUCGACCACAAUUGGCCCCUCUAUUGUCCCUACACUACCAUCGAUUGGACAUAUUAGUCAAGGAGCUGUUCCAACGGCUGCAUCGUUUCCAUCACUUUUAAGCCAAGGUUCAACUACACUUGCUCCUGAAGCUUCAACAUUAGCACUCAGUACAACUAUUGCUCCUCCAUUGUCAGGAUCAUCUCUUCAUAGUGGUGCAUCUUUUGGACCCGCAUUAACGUCGAAUCUAGGACAUAGUGCUAUUGGAUCCCAUCUCUCACAAGCAGGAAAGGAGACUUAUUUGCCACCAAAUGCUUAAUGGCUAAAUGCUUCAUUGUGUUAUGGUUAAAGACGUGGAAUU